GGCCUGGCCCUUCCUGCCGGGGAUCCGAGCGCGAGAAGGGCCCCUGGGCCUCCUUGUCUCCAGGCUGAGCCCCCACCCCUCUCCCUCAGCCGCUCCUGGGGCUCCAGCCCUUCCCUGGACAGCUCAAUAUCUGUCUUGCAGUGAGGGGCCCAAAACUGGGCCCAGGGCUUGAGUGCGGUGCCACCUGAACUGUCACUGCCCACCUUGGCUCAUGUUCAUGCUGCUGACCAGCACCUCUGGUCCCUUUCCACUGGGAAAACAGGACAAUCUUGGCUUCUUUUUCUGUACUUUUCUCUCAUUCUGCAAAUGGGAGCACUUUCCCUUUCCCAGCCCUGUGUUUCCUCUGCGAGACACGACCCCUGGGCCCAUCACAGCCUGCCGGUUCACCAGGUUCCUCUUCCUCCACCACAACAAGAGGCUCCCGAGCAAGGCCAAGCAAACAGCUACUGAUAACACAACUUCCAGGUUGCUCUUCCAAGGCCGGGCGCCGGGGCCGUUGAACGCUGGGCCCAGACGAGCGCCCCGUGUUUGUCUGUGAACCCUGGCAGCGACACCUGCUCGAUGGGGCCUUGGUGCCAUGGUACAGCCUGGGGUAAUGACUCUGUUUAUCCUGUUUGGGUAAUCCUGAUAAGGCCACACAACCCCUCCCCGCCGAUUCAUUGAGAAAAACAGCCGUUGACCACGCCGGGAACUCGCCUAGCCCGGCCAAUCAGCCCGGCAGCCACGGGGUUGGUCGGGUGGUUUUAAUGAGGGCUGCUUAAUCAGGGCGGUCAAGGCUGUGGAGGGGUGUUCACUGUGACCCAGCCUUAUAAGAGCUGGCUGGAGCAGCCACGGGCUGCCAGAGGUGGCAGGACGGGGACAAUCCGGCCAGUGACAUAUUUUGGAAGGGAUUUUGUGUCUCUCUCUCUCUCCCACCGGCUGAGUUUCCACAAGGACCUGGCUUAGCCGUGAGCACCAACAUGGAUCCGGGCUGCGAGAGGUGCCGGUGCCACGGCAAGGACAGGCACCCCGCCAUCCUGUACACCCUCCUGAGCCAGAACCUGCAGCCCGGCGGGGCCCGGCAGCACUGCCUGUGCCCCCAGCGCCGCACCGUGUGCCUGCGCACGCCGCACCUCACCUGCCGGGCCGCCUCCCACGUGCUGGUCAAAACCAUCAACUUCAUGAAAAACGUCGCUGCCUUCCACCUGCUGCCGCGGGAGGAUCAGCUGCUGCUGCUGGACAGCUGCUGGGUGCCCCUGUUCCUGCUGGGGCUGGUGCAGGAGAUGGUGACCUUUGAGGUGAUGGAGGCCCCGGCCCCCAGCAUGCUCAAGAAGAUCCUCCUCAGCGGCCAGAGCAAAGGGCAGGAGCCCGAGGGGACACAGCCCACGCUGGCGGCCGUGCAGCGGCUGCAGUGGUGCCUCAACAGCUUCUGGAGGCUGGACCUGAGCCCCAGCGAAUUCACCUACCUGAGGGGAGCCAUUCUCUUCAAUCCAGACAUCCCUGGGCUGAGGGCUGCCCUCUACAUCGAGAGCCUGCAGUGGGAGGCGCAGCGGGCACUCCGGGAGCUGCUGCACCCCGAGGACCAGGCCCGCUUCUCCCACAUCCUGCGGGUCACCUCCUCGCUGAGGUCCAUCCCUGCCGCCCUGGUCACGGCUCUGUUCUUCCGGCCGGUCAUCGGGGGCGCGGCCAUGGGGGAGCUGUUGGCCGAGAUGCUGUUCGAGGCGCCGGGCUGGCCGCAGGCGCCGUGGCUGCCGCUGCCCUGCUGAGCCCGGGCGCAGGAGAGGAGCGCUCCGGACCCUGCGGGAUCUCCGCGUGCCGCUGGCUGGAGGAGCCUUGGGGAAGCAGCUGUGGCUCAGCAGGUUCACAGCGGCUCCUUCUUCGCCUGGGCCGCUCUCUGGCCCAGGAAGUGUGAGUGGGCAAAGGGUUUUCCUGCCCUGGUCCCAGUUUUUACUGGUUCUGCUGUGAGCUCCAAGCAGUGAGGGCUGUCCUCAGCUUGAUCCCGUGGUGUCUGACAGCCUCAGUAGGAUCACUGACCAAUGGAAUUAGCUCUGGGUCUGGCUUCCAUGCUUGGAAUCUUAGAAACACUCAGGACAUUUCUUCAGGGAAAAAGCCAGAGUGUUAAAUACUACAGGGUGUACAGACUCACCCCUCUUUUCCUUAGAUUCUCUCUUUCCUCCAUAAUUCCAUGAACUACAACAGGAUUAAGAGCACUUAGCAGCACCUAAACCUACUGCACCUCAUUUGGGGCUCUGGGUUUUCCUGUCCGUGUGAAAAGUUAAACCCAAGCAGAGCGGGUUUAGUGGGAGAUCCAAACCUCCCUCCCUGGAGUUGGAGCCAGGUGCACACCUGGAAAACUCGCUCCUCCUGCCUCCAACACGUGAGGUGUCAGUAUUUUGUAAGUGUACAUUCACGUGGUUUGUAUAUAAGAUGCAAUAAAUUAUUUUUUUAAUAAAAUGUUUAGUGUUUUGGAA